AUUGUUGUUGUUAUUAUGGCACCAUUGAAACAAAUUGAAUUCUAUUCCGGGAUUGGUGGUAUGCAUUAUGCCGCAAAACUUGCUGGCUGGGAUGUAGAGAUUUUGAAAGCCUUUGAUAUCAAUACAGUAGCUAAUGAUAUCUACAGACAUAACUUCAAUCCAAAAACGGUUGGUCAGCAUUUGAUUGAAACCCUCUCGACAAAAUAUUAUGACGAUAUGGCAGCUGAUGUAUGGACAAUGUCACCCCCCUGCCAACCCUAUACACGCAUUGGCCUUCAACAAGGUAGUGAAGAUGCCCGUGCAAAGAGUUUCUUGCAUUUGCUGAAAGUAUUGGGAGAAAUGCAAAAUAAGCCCAAGUAUAUCUUGGUAGAAAACGUCAAAGGGUUCGAGGUUUCUGAUUCAAGAGACAUGUUGGUGAACAAAUUGAAGCAUUGUGAUUAUAGUUUUCAAGAAUUCCUUUUGACACCUCUACAGUUAGGAAUCCCAAAUUCUAGAAUGAGAUACUAUUUACUUGCUAAGUUAAAGCCCUUAGCAUUUGCUAGACCAGUGACAAGCACCAUUAUCACCCAUAUUCCACUCUCAGAGGACAUGACUGAUGAUUUUGUAGACACGAGAGUGAAACCAGGAGAAGCAGUGGAUGAAGAAAAACUAGUGAAUGAAACUGUGAAGCCUGUUGAGCCAUUGUCGAAAUAUCUGGAGCACAGUGUGCACUAUGAACCAUAUUUGGUGCCAGAUAAAGUAUUGGCAAAGAAUAGCCAUGUAUUCGAUAUUGUAAAGCCAGAUGGACAUCGUAGUUGUUGUUUUACCAAAGGAUAUUUCCAUUAUGCACAAGGAACAGGCUCUAUUAUUCAAAUGAAUAAAGAGGCUAAUACUGCUGAAGUAUUCAAUAAGGCAAUGACAUUUAAGGGUGUAGAUCAAGAAAAACAAUUGGAACUGUUGCGUACCUUAAAACUAAGAUAUUUUAGUCCAAGGGAAGUUUCUAAUCUGAUGGGCUUUCCCCCUGAAUUUGAGUUUCCAGACACAAGCUCAAUCAAGCAAAGAUACAGAACACUAGGCAAUAGUAUCAGUGUCAAGUUAGUGUCUGAAUUAAUGCGCUAUCUUUUAAAGGAACCCUAGAAUAAAAUAUUUCUUUUUCUC